AUGGGCCGACAGCCACAGCGGCAGCUUCAGAAAUGGGCGUUCCAAUAUGGGGACCUCUUCAAGGUGCGCCUAGGGCGUGAGGAGUGGAUAUAUGUGAACAGCCCAGCAGCCGUCAAGGAGAUCUUUGACAAGCAGUCACAGCACUCCUCGUCGCGCGCACCAAGCCCGGUCGUUUCGGACCUUCUAUCUGGUGGGAUGAGGUUCCUCCUCAUGCCAUACUCGCCCGACUGGAGGAGGCUUCGGGCUAUUGUGCACAAGCUUCUGACGCCCAAGUCAUCAAAUGCAUUCAUGCCAUCGCAGCUAUUUGAAGCGAAACAGCUACUCUGGGAUAUCCUAACCGAUAAUGCGAACCAGGAGAACUUCUACAUGCAUAUUCGCAGAUAUACCACGUCCGUGGUGAUGACUUCGACCUAUGGCCGGCGGGUACCUGUAUGGGACUGCGAAGAUAUCCACGAGAUAUACGGGCUGAUGCAGGAAUUCAGCGAGGCGGCACAACCGGGAAGGAACAUCGCCGAAACCUUUCCCGUUCUCGCCAAACUGCCGAGAUGGAUGCAAUGGUGGAGGAAGGAAGCCUUGCAGUCGUUCCACCGCCAGGCCGCCAUCUGGAUGAAAUACUGGACUACGCUGAGGGAGCAAAUGGACUCAAAGCAAGCUCCAGAGUGCUUUGUCAAGCAGUUCAUCGAGACCGAUUAUGCAAAGCACGGUAUCAGCGAGCUACAAGCCAGCUUUGUUGCGGGAACUAUGAUAGAAGCGGGUUCUGAGACAACCUCCUCGGCGCUUAACUCCUGCGUGAAAUACUUUGCCGCGUAUCCUGAGGCCCAGGCGAAAGCAUAUGCUGAAGUCCGCCGCGUGGUUGGCGACAACCGAAUCCCUACCUUUGGCGAUGAGCACGAUCUGCCAUACAUCCGAGCCUCUGUGAAGGAAGUUCUUCGAAUCCGACCAGUCACCAAUAUUGGGAGCCCCCACUACACCACAGCCGACAUCGUAUACAAGGACUACUUCAUCCCAGCGAACUCGGUUGUCUCCAUCAAUCAAUACGCGCUUCACUUCGACCCAGCGCGGUACAAGGAUCCCGAGGAUUUUAUGCCGGACCGUUAUUUGAACCAUCCUCUCAAAGCGGGUGCAUAUGCAGCCCAUCCUGACCCAUAUGAACGAGACCACUUUGACUUUGGCGCUGGUCGACGGAUUUGUCCUGGUAUGCAUCUAGCCGAGAACAGUCUGUUCAUUACAAUUGCUUGCAUCAUUUGGGCGUUUGAAAUCAUGCCACCUCUUGAAGAUGGUAAAGCCGCCGAAGUGGAUGUCUCCGAUGCGGCCUACGAGGACGGAGUGAAUACGCUUCCCAAGCCCAGCAAGUUGCGUUUUGUACCCCGUAAUGCAAGGGUGGAAAAUACUCUCAGGACCGAGUGGGAAAGGGCUAAAGAGGACGGCUACAUGCUGGGACAGGUCAAGGUUGAUGCGGAGGGCGUGGUUGCGCAUGGCACAUGA